AUGGGAAGCUCUGGAACAAACGAGUAUGGUGCAUACACCUACCAAAACCUUGAGAGAGAGCCUUAUUGGCCAUCAGAAAAGCUAAGGAUUUCCAUCACCGGUGCCGGUGGUUUCAUCGCCUCGCACAUUGCUCGCCGCCUUAAGACGGAAGGUCAUUACAUCAUUGCUUCUGAUUGGAAGAAGAAUGAGCACAUGACUGAAGACAUGUUCUGCCAUGAGUUUCAUCUUGUUGAUCUUAGGGUUAUGGAUAAUUGCCUCAAAGUUACUGAGGGUGUUGAUCAUGUUUUCAAUCUUGCUGCUGAUAUGGGUGGAAUGGGUUUUAUUCAGUCCAAUCACUCUGUCAUCAUGUAUAACAAUACAAUGAUUAGCUUCAAUAUGAUUGAGGCCGGUAGGAUUAAUGGUAUUAAGAGGUUUUUUUAUGCCUCUAGUGCUUGUAUCUAUCCUGAGUUUAAGCAGUUGGAAACAAAUGUGAGCUUGAAGGAGGCUGACGCAUGGCCUGCUGAGCCACAAGAUGCGUAUGGAUUGGAGAAGCUUGCAACAGAAGAGUUAUGCAAGCAUUAUAACAAAGAUUUUGGAAUUGAGUGCCGCAUUGGGCGGUUCCAUAACAUAUAUGGCCCUUUCGGAACAUGGAAAGGUGGACGGGAGAAGGCUCCUGCUGCUUUUUGUCGGAAGACACUUACUUCCACAGAUAAGUUUGAGAUGUGGGGAGAUGGAUUGCAGACACGGUCCUUCACCUUUAUCGACGAGUGUGUUGAAGGCGUGCUAAGAUUGACUAAAUCAGACUUCCGCGAACCAGUGAAUAUUGGAAGUGACGAAAUGGUUAGCAUGAACGAGAUGGCUGAGAUUGUUCUUAGCUUUGAGAACAAAAGCAUACCAAUCCAGCACAUUCCUGGUCCAGAGGGUGUCCGUGGCCGCAACUCAGACAAUACUCUUAUCAAAGAGAAACUUGGCUGGGCUCCAACAAUGAAAUUGAAGGACGGGCUGAGAAUUACAUACUUCUGGAUCAAGGAGCAGCUCGAGAAAGAGAAAGCCGGAGGUGUUGAUUUAGCAUCCUACGGAUCAUCCAAAGUGGUCCAAACUCAAGCUCCUGUUCAACUAGGCUCGCUUCGGGCUGCAGAUGGCAACGAGUGA